AUAUCCAAGGAAUCAACUUCCUUUUUCGUUAUGUACAAUACCUAUAUUCACCUGAUUCUCCUGUUUAAUCUGGAUAUAUUAACCUCUGGUAUUUUGUUUGAAUAUCGACUGAGAUGCCCGGAUACCGCGGAUAAAUGGCGGGAGAACUCUGACAGUUACAUCUGUCAUGGCGACAGGGUGUAUCACUGCAUGCAGGACCAAGAUGGCCGUUACGUUGUUUUCUGUGCAUCCAGUAUUUGGAUUCAACCGGAUUACUGUCCAGAAUUUAACGCUAAAGCUUCCCUGAUUGAUGUUAUUCUGUGUCAGGGGGCAGUGGAGGGGUGUCCUGGGAAUAUUUAUCUGUCCAACACAGUAUAUCAAUAUCCAAGCUGCUUUCGGACUUUAAUUAGAUCAACUACACCCUCUCCAUCUUCUGAUAACAGAACUGUGACAAGGAUAACAGAGCUGAGAUACACGUAUGUUGCAAAGAAAAUUACAAACGAACAUAUUUAUAUGUUAAAAGAAUGCCAUUUAUACCAAUUUUUUUAAUUUCAGGACCUGGGGCCAAGCUAAACCGAAAAAUGAAAAAGAAAGAGCUUCGACGGUUUCGAAUGGGGUUAUUCCGGGAAUAGUCGUGGGAAUAAUCCUACCGAUCCUUGUUUUCCUUGCAAUUAUCUUCUUUGUGAAAAGGAAAAGGCCAAAAAAAAAUGA